AUGAACCGGGACAGAGCGGUACCGGGGCACGGAGCAGACGGGGUCCAGACUGUUAUUAGCCGGGACAGAGCCGUAGCAGGGCCCGUUGUUACGGACGCGGUCCAUCCCGUGAUGAGCCGGGACAGAGUGGCGCCGGCUCCGGGAGAGGGGCUCCAGACGGUGGUGGGCCCGGACAGCCAGGACAUCCUGGACGGUGGAGCAGCCGGGGAGAAGCGGCUCUUCUCCAACGCUUUGACGGGAGGACGAGAUGCUCAGGCCGGGGAGAACCACUCGGAGCCUCCGCCGACGAACCCGGUUUUAGCGCCGCCACAGCAGGGCCCCACCGGGCACCGGACCACCUCCUUCUCCGUGCUGGACAUCCUGGACCCCAACAAGUUCACGAGCAACCGGCGGCUCCAGCAGCACGCGAGCAGCCGAGGAGAGCGCGAGCUCAGCGCGUGCGGAGGGACCGGGGAGCGCGAGCCCGGCCUGGAGCCCAGCAAAGGGUGCUACGGAGCUGAGGACUACCCCAGCAAGGAAAGCUUCGUGUACAGAAGUCCUGACGAGGAAGAUUACCACAGAUCUGGGACGCCGGACUCAGAGGCUCCAGACGGGCCGUACAGCAGCGAGGAGAGCAGCUCUGCUCUGCCCUCUAAUGAAGACAGAGACCUGAACCAGGACCCUGGCAGAGACACAGCGAGUCCCGGAGGAGGGUCCUCAGGCCAGAUCUCCAACAACCAGACCAACGGGGGUCAGAGUGCACAGGGCAAGCCCAAGAGGAAGCGUUCUGGCUCGGACUCCAAGUCGGGCAAGCCCCGCAGAGCCCGGACUGCCUUCACCUACGAGCAGCUGGUGGCGCUAGAGAACAAGUUUAAGUCGACGCGGUACCUGUCGGUGUGCGAGCGUCUCAACCUGGCUCUGUCGCUAUCCCUCACCGAGACGCAGGUCAAGAUCUGGUUCCAGAACCGCCGCACUAAGUGGAAGAAACAAAACCCCGGAGCGGACACCUCGGCCCCCACCGGCGCUGGAGGAGGAGGGGGAGGGUCAGGAGGAGGCAUGGGGGGUCUCAGCCCGCUCAGCCCCUCCCCACCCAUCAGCGGGCACCUGGCGAUGCACGCAGGCUACGGUGGACACCAUCACCCCCCCACCGGCAGCCUGGUCCAGCUGCCAUUCCUCACCGCCAGCCACGUUCUGUCCCCAUUCAUGUUGGGGACGCAGGGCUACGCCGCGCCAGCCUUCUACAGCACACACCUGUAGACCCCGACACACACACACACACACACACACACACACACACACACACACACACACACACACAGAUACAGUGUGUGAAUGGACUGCGGCUCAGCAGACAGAUGGCGUCUCUUUUUACUACAAACGUUUGAAGGCUUUAAUUUGAUGCAUUAUUUUGAUAGAAUGUGAAUAUUUACCAGAAACUGUACAUAAAUCUACGUUCUAGCUCCGAAUGCUGUUUUAAAUAAACGUAAUAGACAAAUAGAUGAAUUCUUUGUUUAAAAUAAAAGACUGUAUGAAUAUUGGAUGUUUAUUUAUGACAUAAGGAAUGGCUUGAUCUAGUGUCAGUACCGUGUAACUCCAGCUGUGAUUGUUUUCAGUUCUGUUAUUUAUUGAGUUUGUUUCCAUCAAAUCCUUGGAUGUACUCA